AUGAAAUACCUGUCCUCGGCACACAGUCGUGUGUCUGAGGCCAGCAAUGCAAAGUCAUCACCAGAUAUACCCAUAACGGUCCUAGAAUUCGUAUUUAUGAAGCUCGAAGGCGAACAUACCCUCCAUUCGCACUAUAUGGAUAGAAGCCUCCAGACAUUAGUAAUGGACGACCUUGAAAUUGAAAAGUCCCGAAGGUCCACGGGUGCAAUGGGUACACAGACUCAGAUUGAUACGAUAGGUACCUACGAAAGUAGAAAACUAAAUCCCGUAGACCCGGAUGGCCGAGAAUCGCACCUGGUCUCAGAAAUUUACGGUCACUGA